GAUUGGACAGACUUUUUCCGAAUUUUAAAGUUUCGUUUUUCUUCUUUUUGAUUAGGAAACUAUUCAAAUUGGGCUCUGUCCGAUCCUUCCCACUCGUCUACUUCCUACCUAUUCCUCCCCCUCCAGUCCGGGUACUGGGCCAGUCCAUCAGAUUGGCCCUCGGGUGACUCUUCCGACUGCGGGCAYAVCAGUGCAUGACACUSCUCACUCGAUCACAGACCAAGGCCAUGGACCGGAAGGCGGGAGAAUCCCUCCUGGCCUAUGAGGAACGCCUGGCGGCAUUCAUUCAGGAGGCCAACGAUAGGGCCGCCGCUGCGGCCAAGGAACGUAAUCGUCUUGAACAAGAGGAGGAGGCCAAGCGACAGAAGGAGGAACAGGACCGACUUCGUCAAGAAGAGGCAGACCUGCAGGCGGCAGCCGAACACCGGUCACGCCAGCGGGAACGACUGUUUACGCGGGAGACCGUGAUCGGCGAUGAGGCCGCACAUUGGGUGGAAGUGACAUCUGCAGACGGGGCCCCGGAGACUGACAAAGGGCUGUCAGCCCUUGCGCAGGUCUCCCACGACCUCGUGGCCACCUGCGCUCUGCAGCAGGAGGAAAUCCUUCACCUGCAGCAGACAGUGGACCAGAUGCUCRCACGGCUGCAGGCGUUGGAGAAACAGCCAGCUGCUGUAGCAUACGCAAGGCCUUCCACCCUUAUUCCCCGUGUGCAAGUUUUGGAGGAUGACGUCAGCAACAUCAAGCGUGUGCAUCAGGACUUCCGGACGUCGCAGCAAGCAACGAACUUGCAGUUGGAGACGCAGGUCCAGGCUGCUGCCACCGUGACGCCCGCCGCCGCAUCCUCCCGACGCCUACCCAAACUGGAUGACAUUCCAGUUUUCUGCGAUUACUGCUUGGGAUGGUGGCCGGCCGCGCAACAACCACGGCCGCGACAAGACGAAGACUCAGUCCACCUCUACACCGAGCACCGGAUCAGCCGCCGACGAACCUUGGGCACAAUACGGACUCUCGGCGAAUUCUUAUCGGACGAGACUCCAGUACCGUUACUGCCCUUGGUGCAACAGCACCAUCCAAGAUGCUGCACAUUGCCCCACCAAGGGGAAACCCCGUCAGGGAAAGUAGGCGCCGCCGAGGGUGACUCGACACCUCCCUCGACGCCAUCGGAAGCGGUUGUGCGCACGACCGCCCUUUCUUCCCAGGCAUAUGCGGAUGUCAGGAGUCUUUCACUUUCGUUCGAAGACUUCGCUGCCCGGCUCAUUCCUUCACUGGAUGCUUCUCAAGGACAAGAUAAAUGUGCGGCUUUCUCACCGUCCGAAGGCUCUUCCGCCAGUUCGUCUUCAUCAAGGGAUUCGGCAAGCAUGUUCAACGAGGAGGCUUUGGACCCGCUCACGCCCGAGGACUUCGCUUGGAUUCCUCUCCCUACGACGGGCAACCUUCCGGGGCCGCAAAGCGCAGCCCUAUGCGCCCUCUUACACCAGUAUCUUUCCUUCCAUGCACCACCAACUUUGUCGACGGUAGACGAAGUCGCGGUGGGGGACAUGCUUAGCUACGCUGCCAAGGUGGCCCGCGAGUUUGUCUCGCAACGGUACGAAGAAAACAACGCACCGUUGCUCUACGUUCGCAUUCAGAUUGGGCAGGCGGCCUGCAACGCUUUGCUAGAUUGCGGCGCAACUCGCAACUUCAUCAGCCAGUCCUUCAUGACUCGGGCUGGCCUUGGCGCACAAGUACGGAGGAACUCACAUCCGAAGACGGUCGCUCUUGCCGACGGUAAGACGAAACAGCUUUUAGACCGUUACAUCUCGGCUGUCCCGGUGUACUUCGCAACGCACGCAUGUGAACCCGUCACUUUUGACGUGUUGGACACCAACUUCGAUGCCAUUUUGGGGAGGCCUUGGCUUUCUAGCGCGGACCACACGGUCAAUUUCCAUCGACGCACGCUCACGAUUCGUGAUGCAACUGGCGCCGAGCAGUGCAUGACACUGCUCACUCGAUCACAGACCAAGGCCAUGGACCGGAAGGCGGGAGAAUCCCUCCGGGCCUAUGAGGAACGCCUGGCCGCAGUCAUUCAGGAGGCCAACGAUAGGGCUGCCGCCGCGGCCAAGGAACGUAAUCGGCUCGAACGAGAGGAGGAGGCCAAGCGACAGAAGGAGGAACAGGACCGACUUCGUCAGGAAGAGGCAGACCUGCAGGCGGCAGCCGAACACCGGUCACGCCAGCGGGAACGACUAUUCACGCGGGAGACCGUGAUCGGCGAUGAGGCCGCACAUUGGGUGGAAGUGACAUCUGCAGACGGGGCCCCGGAGACUCAGAAAGGGCUGUCAACCCUUGCGCAGGUCUCCCACGACCUCGUGGCCACCUGCGCUCUGCAGCAGGAGGAAAUCCUUCACCUGCAACAGACAGUGGACCAGAUGCUCGCACGGCUGCAGGCGUUGGAGAAACAGUCAGCUGCUGUAGCAGCCGCAGGGCCUUCCACCCUUACCACCCGUGUGCAAGUUUUGGAGGAUGACGUCAGCAACAUCAAGCGUGUGCAUCAGGACUUCCGGACGUCGCAGCAAGCAACGAACUUGCAGUUGGAGACGCAGGUCCAGGCUGCUGCCACCGUGACGCCCGCCGCCGCAUCCUCCCGGCGCCCACCUAAACAAGAUGACAUUCCAGUUUUCUACGAUCAGUCCAAGACGGAACGGAUCCCGUGGUGGCGCCAGUUUACUCGCAGGCUCGACAUGCAGCAUGUCCCGAACAACGAUCAACAUCCGUGCUUGUACCACCGAUCUGGUGGUGCAUGUCAAGCAUGGCUCGACAACAUCUUGACCAGCCACGGCGUAGCAGUGUCGGAAGUGCACACCAAGCUCACUUGGCAGGAGUUGACUGACRCCURGCACAAGCGAUUCCAAGUGGAGCCGCCCGACCUGCAAGCGAUGGACAAGCUCAACAAGCUCCAUCAGAACACGCUGCUCAAUCAGCCGCCGACGAACCUUGACUUAGUCCACCUCUACACCGAGUACCGGAUCAGCCGCCGACGAACCUUGGGCACAAUACGGACUCUCGGCGAAUUCUUAUCGGACGAGACUCAAGUACAGUUACUGCCUUUGGUGCAACAACACCAUCCACGAUGCUGCACAUUGCCCCACCAAGGGGAAACCCCGUCUGGGAAAAUAGGCGCCGCCGAGGGUGACUCGACACCUCCCUCAACGUCAUCGGAAGCGGUUGUGCGCACGACCGCCCUUUCUUCCCAGGCAUAUGCGGAUGUCGGGAGUCUUCCACUUUCGUUCGAAGACUUCGCUGCCCGGCUCGUUCCUUCUCUGGAUGCUUCUCAAGGACAAGAUACAUGUGCGGCUUUCUCACCGUCCGAAGGUUCUUCCGCCAGUUCGUCUUCAUCAAGAGAUUCGGCAAGCAUGUUCAACGAGAAGGCUUUGGACCCGCUCACGCCCGAGGACUUCGCUUGGAUUCCUCUCCCUACGACGGGCAACCUUCCGCAGCCGCAAAGCGCAGCCCUAUACGCCCUCUUACACCAGUAUCUUUCCUUCCAUGCACCACCAACUUCGCCGACGGUAGACGAAGUCGCGGUGGGGGACAUGCUUGGCUACGUUGCCAAGGUGGCCCGCGAGUUUGUCUCGCAACGGUACGAAGAAAACAACGCACCGUUGCUCUCCGUUCGCAUUCAGAUUGGGCAAGCGGCCUGCAACGCUUUACUAGAUUGCGGCGCAACUCGCAACUUCAUCAGCCAGUCCUUCAUGACUCGGGCUGGCCUUGGCGCACAAGUACGGAGGAAGUYACAUCCGACGACGGUCGCUCUUGCCGACGGUAAGACGAAACAGCUCUUAGACCGUUACAUCUCGGCUGUCCCGGUGUACUUUGCACCGCACGCAUGUGAACCCGUCACUUUUGACGUGUUGGACACCGACUUCGAUGUCAUUUUGGGGAUGCCUUGGCUUUCUAGCGCGGACCACACAGUCAAUUUCCAUCAACGCACGCUCACGAUUCGUGAUGCAACUGGCGCCGAGGUCCCGUGUACUAUUCCUCCUCCUUGCUCUUCCAUUAGGUGCCAAGUCGUGAGUGCCAAAUCUUUUCGAGACACAUGCCAUUCCGAGCAUGUCGAAGAGAUUGGCAUCGCUUUGCUUCGAACCGUCCCGACGACCGAUUCAUCGUCCACAGAGGUGUCUUCCGACCCCCGUGUGACCCGGUUGUUAGACGAGUUCUCGGAUGUUUUUGAGACACCCUCCGGUAUAGUGCCGGACCGGCCAAUCUCUCACGAGAUCAUGCUUGAGGCCGGCGUCGUGCCAUCGAAAGGAUGCAUUUAUCGCAUGUCCGAGGAGGAGCUCGCGGUUCUCCGUGCGCAACUCGACGAUAUACUCGACAAGGGUUGGAUCCGCCCUAGCAGCUCACCUUACGGUGCGCCCRUUCUCUUCGUUCGGAAGAAGAACAAGGACCUUCGACUUUGCAUUGACUACCGACGCCUCAACGUGCAAACCAUCAAGAACGCGGGGCCUCUACCUCGCAUUGACGAUUUGCUUGAGCGGUUGGGCGGCACAAAGUACUUUUCGAAGUUGGACCUCAAGUCGGGCUACCAUCAGAUUUCCAUCCGCCCGCAAGAUCGGUACAAAACCGCAUUUAAGACGCGAUAUGGGCAUUUUGAGUGGGUAGUUAUGCCUUUUGGCCUCACCAAUGCCCCGGCCACCUUUCAGGCCGCCAUGACCAUCGAGUUUCGCGCUAUGUUGGACCGCUUCGUUUUGGUCUACUUAGACGAUAUCCUCGUCUAUAGCCGAACUUUAGAGGAGCAUCUCGAGCACCUUCGCCGUGCACCGGAGUUAGCCGAGGUCUUAUACACCAGUUGGAUUCGCUCCAAGGGCUACCCCAAGGAGAUCGUUUGCGACCGGGACACUCGCUUUUUCUCCGACUUUUGGGUCGCCCUCGUCAAGCGAUGGGGCUCAUCCUUGAAGCCGAGUUCGGCUCGCCACCCGCAAACCGAUGGUCAAACGGAAAGGGCGCAUCAGACCGAUCAAGUCCUUCUCCGCACUCUCAUCCGUCCCGACCAGGUUGAUUGGGUUGAACGCUUGCCAGACGUUGAGUUGGCUUACAACUCAUCGAUCCACCCGGCUUUCGGGAUGUCGCCGUUCGAGUUUGAGCAUGGUUCACCCAUCUCAUCGCCGCUGGACGCUACUUUGCCGCGCACAGCCGAGAGCGACGACCAUCUUGCGUUCCUUCGUCGCAUGCAAGAGCUUCUUGUCAAGGCACGGGAUCAGAUGUCGAAGACGCAAAUACAGAUSAGCCGUCAAGCCAACCGCAAUCGCCUUCCUUGCCAGUUCCGCGCCGGCGAUCUGGUUUGGGUCUCCGCAGCGGAGUUCAGCCUUGAGCAAGACAUCUCUCGCAAGCUCCUUCCCAAGUGGAUGGGGCCUUGGCGSAUUCUCUCUGCAGCUGGUGAUGAUCCCGAGGGGCCCUCAUUCCGCAUCGCGGUGCCACCUCACUUGCCCGUCCACACGGUGUUCCAUUGUUCCAAACUCGCUCCUUUUGUUUCAGCGGAGUCCAACGAGUUUCCCGGUCGACAUACGCAAGACCCUCCUUCCAUGGACGGAUUUCAGGAGGCCGGCUACAUCAUUACCGACCGGCGCCAUGGCAACAAAGAAACACAGUUUCUACUUCACUUUUCCUACUGCAGCYACAAGGCUGACCGUUGGCUGACGCGUUCGGAACUGCAGGCCACAGCCCCCGCCGUUCUCUCACGCUAUCUUAGCAAAGGGAAGACUACGCAGAGCACUCCAGCUCCUCGCCAUCCUCGCUACAUUCCGCCAUCGGAUCAGCAGCUUUGCCCGUGCCCCGGCUCGUCUUCAUAAGGAGGGGGGCGUGUUACAUGCUGAAAGCCUACACACGGGCCCCUCACGAGACCCGAGGUUGGAAUAGGGCCCCCAGGUCGC